AUGCCGCGUGCCCCGGCGAGACUCCGCCUCCAGGCAGCAGCCUCCACCGCCACCGCCGCGACCCCGAGCGAGCAGCAGUCGUCGUCGUACCCUGUUCCAUCACCGCGUCCCCAGCAGCAGCAGCAGCAGCCGCAGCCGCAGCCGGCGGUGUCGGUGGACUCCGACAUGGUGGUCAUCCUGGCGUCCUUCCUCUGCGCGCUCGUCUGCGUGCUCGGCCUCGCCCUCGUCUCCCGCUGCGCCUGCCGUCUCUGCCGCCGCGCCUCGUCCUCCACCGGACCCGGACCCGCGCAGCAGAAUCCUCCACCGAAAGGACUCAAUAAGAAGGCCAUCGACGCGCUGCCCACCGUGCCCUUCACCGCCGCCGCCCCGCCUUGCCCCGCGGUCGCCGCCGCCUCCACGGACUGCGCCAUCUGCCUGGCCGAGUUCGCCGAGGGCGACGCGCUGCGCGUGCUCCCGCACUGCGGACACGCCUUCCACGUCGCCUGCGUCGACGCCUGGCUCCGCACGCGCGCCACCUGCCCCUCCUGCCGCGCCGGCAUCGUCGCCGCCCAGCACAAGCAGCAGCAGCCGCCCGUCGUGGCGCCCGGCGCCUGCGGGAGGUGCGGCCACGUGCUCAUGGCCGCAAGUCCGGCUGCUGGAUAUGACACCUUCUUACCUUGA